UCACUCUGUGCUCUGGUGGAUAUCUUACUUUAGGUUGCUGCCGGAGCUCUCAGGGCAAUUGCACACCACUUAACUGCCAAAGACAUUUUGAUUGUAAGUGGAGACAUUGUUUCUGAUAUUUCUCCUGGUGCUGCUGCCGCAACUCAUAGAAGGCAUGAUGCAGCAGUAACUGCUAUGCUUUGUGCUGAACCAGUCAGUGGAUCAUCAGAAUCUGGGGGCGCUGGGAAAGACUAAGCCAAGAAACCUGCUUGCUAUGAUAUCAUAGGGCUUGAUUCCUCGAAACAGUUCUUUUUAUACAUAGCCACAGGGGUGGAGGUUAAGAGAGAUACCCGAUUAAAAAAGAGCAUUCUCUGUGCGGCUGGAAAGUUUCUUGUCAUUUUUGAAUAUAGAUGGAAAUUCGAUCAGAUCUCAUGGAUUCUCAUAUAUACGCCUUCAAGAGAUCAGUCCUGCAGGAAGUUUUGGAACAGAAGCCUACUUUUCGAUGCCUAAAACAGGAUGUACUCCCAUAUCUUGUUCGUACGCAGCUGAAAUCAGAUGUCUUCUCUGACGAAAAAACUGUAGAUAAAAAUGGAAAUGGACAUGGAAAGAAUAAUAUGCAGAACAACGAUGUGGUUUCGUCCCAAAUUCUCUCCAACGCAUCUUUGCCAACCUUUCAUCAAGUUUAUGAAUCAGGCCUGGAUAUCCGAAAAACCCACAAGUGCUGUGUUUAUAUAGCGGAUGAAUGUAAGUAUUGCGUCCGCUUGAAUAGCAUUCAAGCCUUCAUGGACAUAAAUAGAGAUGUUAUUGGUGACGCAAACCACCUAUCUGGAUACUCCUUUUCUGCUCAUCACAACAUUGUCCACCCAUCAGCUGAGCUUGGAUCGAAAACCACUGUUGGACCUCAUUGUAUGCUUGGAGAAGGCUCUCAAGUCGGUGAUAAAUGCAGUGUCAAAAGAUCUGUAAUUGGGAGACAUUGCCGCAUAGGCUCCAAUGUAAAGGUGGUUAACUCAGUUGUGAUGGACCAUGCCACAAUAGGAGACGGUUGUUCAAUACAAGGCUCAGUCAUUUGUAGCAAUGCGCAGCUUCAAGAGCGUGUUUCUCUAAGAGACUGCCAGGGUAUGUAGUAUUUAUCGGGGGGUGAGCACAAGGGUGAGACUUUCGCCAGAAAAUGAACAAAGCGGUGGGGAGAAGAGUGAGAUGUCCCUCACCUAAGCUUUGUUGAGAUUUAAUAGUUUGAGAAUUUUUCAUUGCUAAAGUUUUGCUGAUAGGAUUUUGAUCUUUUGCUGCUAUUCCAUUUGAUAUCAACGCUUUACAUAAACUCAAACCCGAUGAAGUCUUGCCAGUUUAUUAUAAUCGA